AUGCGCUUCCAGUCGAUCAUCUUCUCCGUCCUUUCCCUCGGCUUCGUUGGGUCCUCGUUGGCACUCCCAGUCGAUAGUGCUGCUCUUCAGAAGCGAGCGUUCACUCUCAAGACGUACCCAGAGUUCCAGAUCUCUUCUACCCCAGCUGGAAACGCCCAAGCCGAAGCAGCGGCCGUAUUUGUCACUCCAUUCAACGGUGUCGACCUCGCGACCGUGUCGAAGCAGGAUAGGGACAAUGUCGAAGCUAUGCGUCGCCUUGCUGAGCAGGCAGAGACCGAACAGUUUAACCCGGCUAUCAAGGCUGCUUCCGCCAAGGCACUUCAGAAUGGGAAGAUCAAGAACAAGGUCCUCAAGCUUACCGGUAUUGUUCAAGUUAGCAAGAUUGAUCUCGCCAAAGCCAAGGCUGCCGGAAAGGACACGAGCUCUAUCGAGGCCAAACUCGAAGAGGAGCAAACCAAGUUGACGAAGAACAUUGCGACGGACGUUGCGGCCGCUGGCCAAGACUCCGAAGGUGUCGUCUAA